AUGGCAUCGACAACCGGCACUGCUGAAGUCCGCGAGAAGCUCAAGGGCCACAUGGCCAAAUACCAAGGCAGCGCCUACACCGAAGGCUGGGCCGAGCUGUGGAACAAAGGAGACUUUUUACCCUGGGACCGUGGAUCGCCAUCCCCAGCUCUCGCCGACACAUUGAUCAACCACGCCGAUGUCAUUGGCAAUGCCCUUCUCGCCUCGUCCGCAGAUGGGCAGAAGCAUCGGAAGCGCGCAUUAGUGCCCGGCUGCGGCCGUGGUGUGGAUGUUUUGGUGCUCUCAAGUUUUGGAUAUGAUGUCGUUGGAUUGGAGUACGCUGAAAAGGCGCUCGAGGCCUGCGAAAAGUAUGCGGCCGAGAACACUGACAAGUAUCCCGUCUACGAUGAGAGCGUCGGUAAGGGAGAAAUGAAGUUCCUUCGGGGCGACUUUUACAAUGACGGGUGGGUGGAAAAGGUGAGGACAGAGCUUGGUGCUGGUAGUGAGUGGGAUGGCAAGUUCGAUUUAAUUUACGACUAUACUUUCUUCUGCGCAAUGCGCCCGGAAAUGCGUCCUGCCUGGGCGAAACGCAUGACCGAGCUCCUCCGCACCUCCCCUCAGGCAAAUCUUGUCUGUCUUGAGUUCCCGGUUUCCAAGCCUGUCACAUCGGGUGGUCCCCCUUAUGGCGUUGCUCCAAAGACAUACAUGGAACACUUAAGCCAUCCGGGAGAGGACAUUCCGUACGAUGAGGAAGGCCACGUGAAAAUGAAUCCGCUUGCUCCAUCCAGCCCAGGUGCGUUGGAAAGGGUAGGGCACUGGCAUCCUGCCGACACACACAACGUGGGCAAGGACAAGGAUGGGAAUGUGGAGGAUUAUAUCUCGGUUUGGCGGCAUCGUUGA